CUGAUGAUAUGCACAUUUUUCAUUUUAACAUUUAGAUACGCAGAAUUCUUUAAAAAAACUGCAAGUCCUGUUGCUCAACAAAGAUGCAAAACACAGAUUUCAGCUGCGUCCUAACCUAUUGCUAAAUAUAGCUGCAAAGAUUAAAAUAUGACCCAAAGUUUAGUCAAUUUUCUACUAGCUAAGCAUUCACUAGCUGUAAAAUAUCAGUUAAGCACUACUGUUCUUAAUUGGAUAAUGCAAAAAUAGGUGAUCACCAAGCAUAAAGUUUAAACUAAAAGGAACCAUGGUAAAGAAAUGGCCGGUAUGUUGCCAAAACAAUUUGUUGCAUAUAAUCUGCCAUCCAGAACAGGCCUGACUCGCUGCUGCCCAGUGCUGUAGGAGCUUUUACAGAAAUAAUAAAUGGGAGAGCAAGUUUUUUAAAGGAUUUCAUUGGAAUUCCAAUCGCUUAAACCAUUUGACUCAGUCCACAUGCAUUGCAUAAUGGAUAUGAAUGAAACCAGAAGAUGUACACCCUCAAGAAGGUGCCAAGGAAGGAUACAACCUGGGAGUGAGUUUUUCAAGGCAGCUCAUUCAAAUGACACCAGCAGCAUGAAAGCCUUACUGAUGAGUGAAGAUUUUGACCCUUACGUUCGAGGGGACUUGGAAGAAACAAUCUUACAUUCUGCACUGUUCAGUGGCAGUAACGAAAUAGCAAGAUUCAUUCUGGAUCGGAUACCAUCACUGAUUAAUGAACCAAUGACAUCUGAAAUGUACAAAGGGGAAACACCUAUGCAUGUUGCUGUUUUGAAACAAGAUUUAGACAUGGUUGAGGAAUUGCUGAAUCGAGGUGCUGAUUUGUUCAAUUCACGUGCAACUGGUUCCUGCUUUGUCCCGGGAGACGAUUGUCAAUGCUACUAUGGUGAAUUUGUGUUGUCAUUUGCUGCAUGCAUUGGUAAUGAGGAGAUUGUUAGAACUCUUAUUCAGCACAAUGCUCCACUGGAUGCACAGGAUUCCAAAGGCAAUACAGUACUUCAUAUGUUGGUUCUACAAGAGGAGAAAAGCCAGACUUAUUCAAUGUAUGAUCUCAUUACAUCUCUUAUGACUGAGAAACAACAGCCAAAUCUUGAGGAGAUAACGAACAAUGAUGGUUACACUCCAUUGAAGCUUGCAGUAGCUGAGGGGCAUUUAGAGAUGUUCAACUAUUUAGUUCAAAAACAGAAGAAGAUGUACUGGACCAUGGGAACAAUUUCGUAUUGUACUUAUGACCUCACCAACAUUGAUACAUGGGGAGAUCAAAAAUCAGUUCUGGACAUUAUUACGAACAGCAGGAGUAGUGAGGUUCAUAAAUUCAUUGAUGCUAAACCAGUAAAAGAAUUAAUACAGCAGAAAUGGAUUUCGUUUGCAUACAAGUAUUUCCUCAUGUGGAUGGUUUCUUAUAGUCUUUAUAUCACAGUAUUCACUAUCUCAAGUCUGUACCGACCAUUGAAACCAGUUCCUCCUGGCCAAUUUGGUGAAUAUGUUGUUAAAAUACAAAAGACUUUAUCAGAAUCCUAUCAAACAAAGGAAGAUUACUUGAGACUUCUGGGUGAACUAGUAACUGUCAUUGGAGCUGUGAUAAUACUCAUCAGUGAGAUGACACAUUUAUACAAGAUAGGACCAAAAAGUUACUUUGGACAUACAUCAAUUGGAGGACCUUUUCCAUUACUAAUGAUCUGUUACUCACUUUUAAUUUUUACAGCAGUUAUCAUGAGACUCUGUGCUGAUGAUGGAGAGGCAGUUCCAAUCUCCUUUGCCCUGAUUAUUGGGUGGUGCAAUACCAUCUAUUUUGCCAGGGGGUUUAAGACAUUUGGGAAAUUUUCUAUUUUGAUUCAAAAGGUUUUCAUUUCCUCACAGCUGAUAUUUGGAGAUUUUAUGCAUUGGUGCUGUCUGGUAUUUAUCUGCAUCAUGGGAUUUACCUUUGCUUUUUACAUUCUCUUUCAUACUUUGGAUUUAACGGAUUAUCCUUACUUUAGAAAUUUUUCAAUGACAUUACGCACCACGUUUGAACUCAUGAUGGGAUUGUUGGACAUUCCUCUUUCUUAUGAGAAACCAACACCAACCAAUAUCUACAUUGCCUAUGUCAUGUAUAUGCUCUUUGUAUAUCUCCUGCUGUUGAAUUUGUUGAUCGCCAUGAUGGAUGAUACAUACUGGAGAGUAGUUCCAGAAACAGAUUUACUAUGGAAAGUGCAGUUUGCAGCUGUCAUACUUCUUCUAGAGCAGCGAGUGCCAGGAUUUCUAAAGGUUCGCUCUGGAGUUCCAGGAGCUUUGCUAGGCUUUGAUGAUAACAAGUGGUAUAUUGGGGUUGAAGAGAUACUUCCAGAGUCAGAAGAACAGACCAGCGCCAGUGUUCAAAUAUCAAAAAACAUGAAAUGGGAUAGAGUAAGAAAAAACCUUAGCAGAAUCAUCAGACUGAAAGAUUCUGCUGAAUCUACUAGACUGUAAGAAAGCAUUAAUGCUGAAAUAGUUGCAUCUCUUGAACUAUGUUCCUUCUUUACAAUUGCUAAAUCUAUGUUAAUUAUUUUUAAUGAAUAUAGAGUUUAAAAAAUCAAUACUGGUUAUUUUUCUGAAAAUAUUGCAUCAUUACUUAUAUCUCCAUUGGACCAUUUUUUAAUUUAGCAGUGACACAAGACUGCAGAUGCUUGAAUCUGUAGCAAAAUAUAAACUGGAGGAACUCAGCAGACCACAGGGCAUUUGUGGGGAAAAGGUAUGGUCAACAUUCCAAAUCAAGACCCUGCAUCACUGAUGGUGAAGGGCCUCAACCCAAAACAUCAGCCAUUACUUUGCCUCUGCUGAUGCCCCUUGAUCUGUUGAGUACGUGUAGUAGUUUAUUUUUGCUUAAAAUUUAAGAGUUGCUUCCUCCAACUCUUUAUCUUGGAACUUUUAGUUUCAAUGUUUCUAUGUUUCAUAUGUCAAGACUUAAAGUAGCAAUUUACUGUUCUUUGCGAUCAACUUAUUUUGCUUGUGUCAUUAGGAACCUGUGCAGGAAAGUAGCAGGAUUAAGAUUAGAGAAAUAGAUGAUAAAUUUCACUACAAUGGGCCAAAAGGGAUUCCUUUAGAUUCUAUAAUUGUCACUACCUUUGGUCAGUUUACUAGUUACUAAUAAUGCCACCAGUUAUCCAUGCAAUACGCUAACCCUAAUGGUAACCCUUACACACAAUCAAUUUCUUUUUGAGAAACGAUCACAAAUCCUUUAUUUCAUUGCUUACACCCAACAAGGAAAAUACACCAGUAAUUUUGCAGUUUAAUGUUUGGUAUAGUUGUUUAUUUAACUAAAUUUACAAACAUAAUGGAUUAAAAAAUGAACAGCAUACAUAAAACAAGUUGUAAAUUCUUUUAACCUCAUGCUAUAUUUGUUCUUGAGCAAUUUCAGAGUCUUGUCAUCAGUAAGCUGUAGGAUCACUCUUUUUAUGUGAUAAAGGAUCAUUCUUUUUAUGUGGUAGGAAGGAUCAAAAAAAUUCAGAAAAACGCAUUUUGUGUUGAUUAUCUGUGCAAUUUCUAUACUCAUUGUGCUAUUGUGAUAAUUUGUUGUAUUUCACUAUUUUAUGUAGAAGAGAUCACAAACUAAUGAUCGGUAAAUGUUUCUGAGAAUA